ACAAGCGGGUGCGGUCUAAAGUCCACACCAGAAUCUUAGGUUGUAAUCUUAGGUUGUACCGAACCCACAUCGUCGGCAUAUUGUGGAUUGUUUGAAUCGUCACGGAUAAUAUAGACGUGAUAGUGUUCGUUUAGCUACUGAGAAGAAGUUAGUAAACCGAGAGACGCUUUUGUUUUCGGCGCCUGCAAAGUACAAGAAGAACUAGGGCAAAAUGUCGGUCGAACCUAUCGUCGUGACGCUGGAAACGACCACCGGGGCCCCCAUCUCAUUACCAGUUGUUUUGAAGAAAAUUAUGGAAAUGCCUCCUCCGAAUAUACUGGCCGGUGAUGACGACACUGACAAGGAGAAGCUGGGCUUGGACAGCGAUGUUGACGGAGGAGGCAGCGGGACGGGGCCGUCGGCCGCCCUUACUCCCGCCAUCUGGGAGAAGACGAUUCCCUACGACGGUGAGAACUUCCACUUGGAGUACAUGGACCUAGAAGAGUUCCUCAUGGAGAACGGCAUCGCCGCCUCACCCGAAGAACACGUCGUGGAGGCCAAGACGGAGAAGGAGGACAACCUAGCGGCCGACGCCUCCCUUCUGCCCAUUAAUGAGCUGGACAAGUGCGGCGAAGAGGUGGUGAUCAUCGCGAACAGCGAGACCGACAUCACGUGCGACGUUAGAGCAGAAGAGACAACAGAUGCAGGCGAAGAGACGCCAGACACGGUCGAUCCAGAGGAUAUUCAGGUUGAAAUCAAUUAUGAGCCAGAUCCCACCGACCUGGUCCUGUCCAGCGUACCGGGGGGCGAACUGUUUGAUCCUCGCAAACACAAGUUCAGUGAUGAAGAUCUGAAGCCUCAGCCCAUGAUUAAGAAGGCCAAAAAAGUCUACGUUCCUGAAGAACAGAAGGAUGAGAAGUACUGGCAGAGGCGAAAUAAGAACAACAUGGCCGCCAAACGCUCACGUGACGCCCGCAGGCUAAAGGAGAACCAGAUCACCGUGCGGGCGGCGUUCCUGGAGCGCGAGAACUCCGCGCUGAGGAUGGAAGUGGCCGACUUGCGCAAGGAGUGCAGCCGCUACAAGAACAUCGCGGGAAGCUACGAGGCCAAGUUCGGGAAAUUUGCGGUGCCAGAAGACAAAUAGGCAAGGCUUGAUUUAUUUUUCUCAAAUAAGAAUAAAUAAAUCAAACGGUGAAAAAGAUGAAGAGGAGCAGAGCAAUGCAGUUAUAGCUCAAGUGCUUUUCAUGUUCUUUGUUUUUAUCAUCUUGGUUAUAAGAGUUCCUAUUUUAUGGAUGAUAUAAUAAUAGGCUUGUAUUAUUUGUACGUCUUUUUGAAGAAGAUGAGUUACCUUAUGUAGCGAUUGUUAUAGUAAGAUGUCGCAUUAUUUCCGGGUUGCUUCAAGGUUUAAGAAAAAUGUCGCCUAUAUUUGUUUUUCAUAUUUAAACAGGUGUUAAAUACUGAAAUCUCUUCAGGGAAUGACAUUGUCUUGCUCAUGUGUACUUAUGUCUCUGAAUGAUAUGUGUGGCAUUUACAAUUCAAAGAAUGUCAUGUAAAUAGUUGUGUAUCAUAGUACUUGUUCAGCCUUAUUUCACUCCCAGUUCUCUCUUGCUUUGGCUAUCAAAUUCAUAGUAAAAUAAGAUGCUUGGCAUGCUUGCUUUUUAAGCAAAUGUUCAAACAUGUGAAUAUUUCAUUGUGAACCCGACUUUCAUAAGGUAUUUUGCAUUUUUGACGCAUACUCCAUUUUAAAUGUCCUAUUUUUUUGGUUUUUAGUCCAUACUACUGUGCUUCCUUUAACUAUUCCAUGAAGUACAAAACAUCAUUUAGUGAAAGGAAAACUUGAGUCUUGAUAUUUUAUAGAUGAAAAAGGUCAAUGCCUCACACUUUUGUCUUUAUUUCCAUGGAGUUCUCACACUUUAUAUCAGUGUACUGUCAGGUUGAUUUGGAUUAUUGGGCUUCCUGACCCGGUAUACGUUCUCAUGCUUUCUGCGACAGUGCAGAUUGCAUAUCUUGCUGCCUUUCUGAAAUAAGUCAACUGUUAAGGUUUCUUUUAACUUUUAUGGCCUCAUCUUUGUAAAAACUGCUUUGACUUUUUCAGUGUGUUGCCUCAUGUACAUACAUGGUGUAUAAAUAAAAUCUUGUUGAAAAAAUCCAUGAGUACUUGUUUACGAUACACAAAAUAAACCACAGAUGAAGAUAUUAAAAUACAGUAGACAGCAUCAAGACUGGAAUAUAAAAGAUCUUUUAUUGAAAUCAUUACACAAAUCAGGGCAAUAAACAAAAUAGUUGCCACGAACAAGACUGAAAAUGAAGACCGGUCGCAGGGUCUUCACCUCUUCUUGAAGCCGUACUUCUUCCUCU